AAAAAUAUUCCAAAUAUUUCUGUUGUUUAUAUUAAAUACAAAUAACACAAAAAAUAUUUAGAAAUUUAAAUUUUAUUAACAAAAUGUUUAACAUAAAUAAGCUAAGAAAUCCAGUGCGUACACAAAUUCAAAGAACGAUCUUCUUACAGACACGUUCAAAAGCCAAAUUUAAGGAUGGUGGGGAACAUGCCACCCUCAAUGAUGUGCCAAUACCUGAGGGUAGUUGGAAAGAGGCCAAUGCACGUGCACAAAAUCGUUAUAUGAUGGUAUUUUUAAGUGGUAUUGCUUCAUUUGUUGGUUCGGUGAUAUUUGUGGCUAAAUCUGGCAAAAUGGAACUGAAUUAUUCUGUACCCGACUAUCCUUAUGAAGAAGAGAAAGAGGAGCAGUAAGAAAGAGCAAAUUUGUUUGAUUUAUAUUAACUAUUUUGGGGAGUUGUUUCGUGUCAAUAUAAUAGGUCCUUUCAUUUACUUGCUGUUAUUGCUACUUUUGGUAUUUUAUUUUGAUUUUUUUUAUAAAUAAAUAAACUAAUUAAAAGUAGUG